AUGAAACAACGACAAAAGAGGAAACAUUUGGAAAAUGUUGAGUCCCAGGAAACUGACGAGAAGGGAGGAGGAAUCUCGAAGUCACAAAAGGAUGCCCUUCAGCUUGGAUCAACCGAGGUGGCCAAAGACUGUGACCCAGGGGUAGGGGAGAUCUCCUCUGCCUCUGAAUACUUCACCUGUGUUUCUUCCCCACUCAAGUUCAUCCAUAGUGGAAUCCGGAGAUUACAUCAAGAGAGUGCCCAGUUUAGAUCAACCCUAGCCCAGAUUAAGGAGCAAGAGGAGACUGUUCCCCUCUUACCACAGGUCUCCUUCUCGUCCCCUUCAUCCUAUAAGACCUGUGCAAUCUCUCAGUAUAUAAACAAAGAGGAAAGAGGCAUGAAAAUAUACUACAUGCAAGUACAAGUGAAAAAAGGUGUGGCUAUCUCCUGGAAGACAGAGGAAACCUCAGAGUCACUAAAAAAGAAGCCAAGGAUGGAAGAAGUGAAACUUCCUGAGGACGUGCUGGUAGGUACAGCUCCCUCUGACGUGUCCACCAGAAAACUCCUAUCUGAGCCCAGCAUGGAGGUGAAAGAGCAUGAAGAACGAGCAGAGCCAGACAGUCCACCAGGGUUGCCCACAUUUGAGGAGACACCCAGGGCCAAGACACCGGACUGGCUGGUUACAAUGGAGACUGGCUUCCGGUGCAUGGCCUGCUGCCGGGUCUUCCCCACCUUGGAGGUCCUCAAGGAGCAUGUGCAGUUUGGGAUCAGGGAGGGCUUCAGCUGUCGUGUCUUUCAUCUCACCAUGGCUCAGCUGAGAAGCAAUGUGGAAUCAGAGAGCAUCCGGGAGAAGGAGGAGGAGGAGGUGAAGAAGAAUGAAAAGAAAGAGAAGCAAGAAGAAAAACAGUAUGUGGAGGAGCAGCCCACAGGGUAA